CUAGCGGAUGAGAGUGAGUUAAAUUAAUAACUGAUAAAAAUAACGGUAAAUAAAAAACGUGAUUUGUUGUUGCCACACUUCGCCUGCAACUACGUCCGUGUAUUCUGUGCGUCUUUUGUAGAGUUGCUACUAACUCUCCCACGGGCGGACGCCAUGUAUGCGCGAGUAUUGCGCAAAUGGAGUCUACACACGAAACCGCAAAUGUCCAUCAUCAUGUGGCGGCUACUGCUGCUCACCCUGUUGCUGCUCUGUCUGUGCGCAUCGUCGGUCACAUGCAACACCACCACCAUCAACAGCAUCACCAACACCAACACGAACACCAACAGCUUUCGUCUGAGUCGGCGGAGUACAGCACCUGUACCUGCUCCUGCAAUUGCCUCCGCGUACAUGCCGCCUGCGACUGCCAAUGCACCAGUAACAACAGCAGUAAUGUCAACAGACAGAGUAAGCGCAGCAGCAGCUGGAGUAGCAGCAGCAGGAGUAGCAGCACCAUUACAGCAUCCUUCAUCACCACUGCCACUCAGCCUUUCAGCAGCACCAGCGUCAACAGCAGCAGCAGCAACUGUUGGCGACAUCAUCGAAGAAAGCUAUUACAUACCAGUCGAUGGCGACGACACAGAUAGCAACAUUUAUGAAAGUCGUCUGGUGCGAGCGCUGGACGUCGGCAGUGUGUUGGGGGGUGGUAGUAGCGGAAGCGAAGGUGUACUGGGGGCGGCAGCAUUAAGCGUCAGCAAUAAGAAUAGUUGGCGCAUUAGCAAUAGUUAUAGCAGUGGCAGCAGCAGCAGCGAUAGAUUAUUUAGUAGUAGUAGUAACGUAGUGAGUGGCAGCAGUAAAAGUGGGAGACAACAACAGCAAGUGCAACAGCGGGAAAAAGAACAGCAAGAUAGGCAAGCGUCUGCAAUUUAUGCAGACAACAUGGCGUAUGCAUAUUAUCGGCGCACGGCGCCACCAACACUUCACAUUUCACCUAAAUUAACACAAACAUCCACAGAAACAAAACCCACAAAAACAUCAACAACAACGACGAUAAAUGCAGCGCCAGAAACAGUAUUUAGUCCACGAUUCAGUGUGCAACAUGUUGCAAACGAUGAAAAUGUUGCAGUCGAUGAUGAUGACGAGCAUGAAGAGGAAGAGCGGGCGGAGGAUGAGGAGGAAGAAGAAGAGUUGGUUGGCGUAGACGAUGCCGACGCCAAUGCUGACGUCGAUGCCGACGCGGAGCAUGAGGAUGAUACCGAUGAUGGGCAUACACAACAACAGAAAGUUCCAAAUACAAAAAAUAGUCACAUAAUUAAUUUAUUUAAAGCAUAUACACAUAACAACAACAACUACAAUAAUCGUUACUACAAAUCGAAUAUAAUCAAUAAGCCAGAACAACCCUAUGCUGCAGGGAAUACACAGCAGCAGCAGCAACAGCAACAACCAGUGUUCACUCACAGUGCCGGGGCAGUCGUACAACAGCAUGCGACAGGCAGACGUAGUACGAAGGCACGUCGACAUGUCUCCGACGAGCAGCGCCAACAUCGACUCUCGCUGCAGCAGCAGCAACCACAUCGAACGGCGUUACAUCAUGUUGCGGGGGCACCUCCUACGCCGCCGUCGUCCAGCAGCACGCCGCUGCCCAUCUCCCAUUAUCCCACCAAGAAAGUGUUCCAACUGGUCAAUGGCAAGAAUUUGACGCGAAUUGUGCACCUUUUGCCGCCUACACAUUACCGCAUUGCGGCCUACGAAAUACCCUCCUCGCUGCCCUAUCGAGGCGAACUGACCGAGCAGCAGCAGCGCAUGCUGCAACAUCAGCGCGAGCAGCUGCAACAAGAUCAAGCGGCGCGUUCACGUCGCGACUCGCGCCUCUUUGGCAUAGCGCAGGCCACUGGCUACUACAGUAUACAACAGCAAUCGCCGCACGUUUCUGCGUUAGGGCAACAAUCGAGCGCACAACAACAAUUUCAGCGUCUGCAGCAGAGUAACACCGCAGGCAAUAGCGGCAGUUGGCAGCAAAUAAGUGGCAGCAUAUUUCAACGGCAGCCGUUGUAUCAACAGCAGCAGCAGCAGCUGCAUCAGCGCCAACAACAACAUCAACACUUGCAUAAUCACCAACACAGCANAUUUCAACGGCAGCCUUUUGGCAGCAACAGCAAUCAACGCGCAUCGUACAAUCACAAUCACAAACACAAAAGCAACAGUAACAACUACAACAAGCACAAUCAGCGUCAACGUCAGCACAAGCGACCGCGUCGCUAUUGCUCGGCGCGCGAUCCCGCUCAGCUGGCAUUCGAAGCGCCCAUUGUUUUCGAGGGCAAAAUCACAUCGAUGUCACCCGAUCGGCGUCACAAUUUUGCCGCCACGGUACAGGUGUUGAACGCCUACAAGCAACAGAUCGGUUAUCAGGUGAAGCGCGAACAAUUCGUGCGACUGCAGUUUGCAUACAUUAACAGCAGCGGCGAGUGCGAUAUCUAUCGCGAACAGUUACGACCACGCGGUGUGAUGCGCGGCGACGAAUUGGAACUGCAGCGCACCUAUCUAUUCUUCGUGCAGCAAAUCGAUAUGCGCAACUUCACCAUUCUCGGACAGCCGAUAAGGAAGACGCGAAGAGUUGUCGAAGCGGUAAAAGAUGCAGUGAGCGAAAAUUAUGGUGAGUUGAAAGUUUUAUAUAUUUUAUGA